AUGUCGAGUAUCUGGCGGAGGAAAAAAGAAACCUCACAAAAAAGGGUUGCUGGAGAAAAGAAAAGGAGGCAUGAUCCUCCACCACCAUCGCGCCACGCUGCAUCUCGCCACCCUCUGCCGACGAACUCGCCACCACCGCCAUCGUUUGUCGACGCACUCUUCUACACAGUGCCCUUCCUUUUGUCUCUCUGGACCUCCUCCAAGUCCGCAUCUCGAACAACGCCAUUACCUUCAGUCAUAACCAGUCGACGUUUCUCCUCAGCUGCCGCAAAUAAGGCCCACUUCUCCAGUUGGGGUUUUUAUGUUGGACUGAAUCGUAUCAUCCGUACCACCACCACUAACCCGUCCGUCGCCACCCCUACAGAGGAACUCGGAAUCCCGAUAGAUUGUACUCCGGCAAGAUUUCGAUUGAGCAGCGACAGCCACUCAACCAGCUUCGGGUACCAGCGAUUUGCAGUUCGUCAUCCCGCUGCUAAGACCGUAUUCUACCCAAUUUUUUAUCUUCUCAUGGUCGACGUUCAGUUACACGAGUUUCCGGUGGGGUCGCUGCUUGAGAUUCAAUACUCGAAGACUAAUAGUUGGCUCCAGAUUAAGGAAAUGAGUCUGUGGGAGUUUCAGUUGCUUUGUGUAUUUAUUGCACAGUUGGAACAAACUCAACCAGAAAGCCAAGUAUGCACUCCUUUAGUCUGCGGAGUUCUUUUUCCUGUGGACUGGAUGUAA